AAACAAAUCUUUACAGUCCGCGUAUAUGAUCGUCAUGUUGGCCACCUUUUGAUUUCAAGCUUUUUACGUGUUUCAAGUAAAGAUUAGUGAAGUAAGUGAAGAUGUGCUAACUAGCAAUCAUGACUAGGUUAUCCCCAACUAAAAAACAGCAAUGUAAUCACUAAAAUUAACAAUAUUUAACCACAAAGUGACAAAAUCAAACAAUAAACAUGUUCUGGGCAUACACUGUUUUAAUCUCUUGCAUCAAAGCACUUCUUAUUCCUGCAUAUCGAUCAACUGAUUUUGAAGUCCAUCGAAAUUGGCUGGCUAUAACACACAACAUAAGCAUUUCUCAAUGGUAUUUUGAAGAAACAUCUGAAUGGACACUGGACUAUCCACCUUUAUUUGCUUGGUUUGAGUUUAUCCUCUCUCAAUUUGCACAGUUUUUUGAUGCUGAUAUGUUGAAAGUAGAGAAUUUAAACUAUGCAUCAGAAAAUACAGUGCUAUUUCAAAGAAUGUCAGUAAUUAUCACUGAUAUUGUGUAUUUUUAUGGUGUAUAUUUGUGUAUAACCAUCUUGGGUAAAGGCAAAAGAUCAGAGAUAAUUUUGCCAAUUUUGAUGUUGGCAAAUCCUGGCCUACUGAUGGUGGAUCAUGUACAUUUCCAGUACAAUGGUAUAAUGUAUGGAAUAUUAUUGAUUUCAAUUUGUAAAAUUAUGCAGAGAAAAGUACUGCAGGGUGCGUUUUGGUUCACAAUUCUGCUGUGCAUGAAACAUAUUUAUGUAUACAUUGCACCUGCUUACUUCAUCUACUUAUUGACAACUUAUUGCCUGACAAUUAAAUCAAAACCUAGUGCUAUCAACAAUAAACCUUCAAAAGAGAAAGCUAAAGUUAAAGAUAAUGGAAAAAAUGGCAAUGAAACAGAGGAAUCCAUGGUUAUUAAGUUGAAUUUUAUCAAUUGUUUAAAAUUAGGUGCUAUUGUUGUUGGGAUAGCUGUGAUUACAUUCCUGCCAUUUGUUGGUCACAUUGAUCAAGUGCUAAGUCGUUUGUUUCCGUUCAAACGAGGAUUGUGCCAUGCUUAUUGGGCUCCUAACUUCUGGGCUUUGUAUAAUUUAGGUGACAAAGCUGCAAUGAUUGUAGUAUCAAAAAUGGGUUUAAAUUUAAACAUGGAAAAAGCCUCGAUGACAGGUGGACUAGUCAAGGAAUAUUCCCACAAUGUGUUACCUAACAUUUCACCAAAGAUGACAAUUCUUCUUGUAGCCAUCACAAUGAUGCCUGCUAUAGUAAAACUAGCGAAAUCUACGCACAAACCGAAUAAUUUCAUCAGAUGUAUUGUGUUAUGCGCAUUAUCUUCGUUUAUGUUUGGAUGGCAUGUCCAUGAGAAGGCUAUUUUAAUGGCAAUCAUUCCUUUAUGCAUUUUGGCAGUAGUUGAACCAGGCGAUACCAAAGUUUAUCUUCUACUAUCUACUGUAGGACACUUUUCUUUGUUUCCGCUCUUAUUCCCUCCGAAUUUGUUAUUCAUCAAAUUGACUUUGGUGAUUUUACAUUCCGCGUACGCGUUUUAUAGUUUGCACAAUUUGCAUCCAUUUCAAUUUUGUCAGUUUACGCUACCGAUGCUCAACAGUGUAGAGAGUAUGUACACAUUGGGCUUGCUGCCAGUUUUCUUGUACUGCGAAAUUCUGCACGGUUUUAUUCCAGUUAUCAACGGCUAUCAGUUUCUGCCGUUGAUGAUUACUUCUGUAUACUGUGCACUAGGAGUGACUUAUUCAUACGUUAAAUAUUAUGUCUAUUUUCUUAUGAAGUGUAAAUAGUGUUAAUAAAAGUUGUAGAUGGUUACAUUUAAA